UUUCACCCUGCGCUCGGCAUGGAGCCACUUGGCUUGGAACUCACUCAAGAAUAAUCAGAUCCACUCCGCUGGGCGACUGAAGGACUGACCUGGUAUACGCAGAGGCGGGGGGUGGUCUGAGUGCUGAAACGAAGUUUGAUGUGAAGUUGUGACCCUUAUGCAGUAAGGAGCGUGGACGUCCAGGAGGAGUUCCACCGGUGUGAAAGGCGCAGUGAGAAUUAUUGCUCCAGCGCCCAGGGAUUAUAUAAGAAAUAGUGUAGGAAUAGCCGAUCGAGGAGGACCAAGCCGCUCGGAACGUUCCUCGGGAGAUUCCUCAGUGAUCGCGGUGGAGCGUCACAUCCUAUCACGCGACGAUGAAGAAAUUCAGGGUAUUUCCUCGGACUUCUAGCCAACCACCUUACUUUGAAUUUGUCUAUGGUAGCAUCGUGUUGUUACCGAGGAUAACGAGGGAAACGCCAACCAUCCUUAGCCAGCGUCGGAUAAUGGUUUAUUUGUCGUACGAUUUCCACGGAAGAUCGAUGGGCCUUGGUACGACAACAUACCGCUUACAUCGGCUUCAGACCACCCGCACAUUCAGCUCCUGGCCUCGCUGCUCCUCCUUCUCACUCUCCGAUUCUAUCUUUCCGCUCAAAUUCUUUGUUAACAGUCCCUCAUCGCCGCACGCUUGGAUUUUCUCCCGGUUUGCAGAGUCGGUUGCGCGUCACCGUGUUGCGAAUUUCAGUUCUUGGAUCAUGAAUCCCAUAGUCUCCACUUGCUCAUACCUCAUACAUCGACUCCUCCCCUGGCAGAAGGUGACGCGACAUUCCGAAGUGAACGCAGAGCAUGACCUAGAUGGGACCCAGAUCAUGAAGACCUAGACGUCUAUUCACCUGUUGCCGGAAGAAUCCCGCUCAACUGCAGAACAGAAUUCUCUGGCCGCCC